AUAUCCUGUAACCUUAGUCGAACAGUCCAUAUACUCGCUGAGAAAACAUUUCUUGAAGUUCCACUUGGACAACAGAAAUUUAACCAUGAAAUUCAUCAAUUUUUUCGUCUUUUCGCUUUUCUUCUUUGUUAUUGAAGCUCUACCAACUAUUGGCGUGUCGGUAAAGACUACUGCUUCUACCAAUAGUUCUGAGAUUCUCCCGACAACUGCAGGCAUCACAUGUCCAUCCCCAGUAUCACCUCUCAAUGGGUACAUUAAAGGAGACCAAUACGACGCUGGAUCAAUCAUCCAUCUUAUGUGCAACGAUGGCUUCUUUAGGAGAGGAUACCCUUUCGCUGUAUGCAAGAAAGACGGUAGAUGGACCGAUAGCAACGUUACUUGCAUAGCUCGAAGUUGUGGCGACCCUGGAAUGCCGUUCAAUGGCAAGAGGAUUGGGAUGAUGUUCCAGUAUUCCAACACCGUGAGCUUCUCCUGCAACAAAGGCUACUUUCUAGAAGGUCCAGCUACGCGUACUUGCCAGGCAAACCGAACAUGGAGCGAUUCACAACCGAUUUGCAGACCUAUUCCAUGCGGUGAGCCGCCGUCCAUUUCGCAUUCCAAGCUUUUCCUCUAUGGUGAAGGUGGCUUGGUGUAUAAAAAUCAGAUUGAGUAUGUCUGCAAGCCAGGGUACUACAGAGAAGGCAACCAGAAGAUCUAUUGUGGGGAUGAUGGUAAAUGGCAUGGAAUUCUACCAGUUUGCAAAGAGGUUCGAUGUCCUCGACCCAAAGUUCUUCUGAAUGGAGCUAUUCAAAUGGAUAACAACACCGAGGGAUCAAUCGUGCGCUUCUUUUGCAAUCCUGGUUACACACUCUUCGGCUCUCACUGGAGAAAAUGCUUGAAAACUGGACAAUGGACAGGGCCCGAACCAACAUGCUUUGAGUGCGCUAGAGUUGGAACACCAGUUUUUGUGCGAAAACCUUCUCACUUCAAACAUGGAACAGUACAAUCCAAGUCUGGUAACCAGGUGACUGUGUACUACGAGGCAGAAGACGAGGAAGAAGACAUCCUCGUCCUUGGAAAAGGAACUCAACAUUAUGCCAUGGUAGAAGACAGAAUACCAUCAAAAAGUGAGAUAUUUAAUGGUACCCGCGUUCUGGCAGUGAACUCACAGGAUCGUAAGUUCAUGCUAGGUACAGUAAGAAUGAACAGUGGGAGCCUAUAUGGUGUCCAGUUUGAUGGGAGGAAUGAUCACCAAGAGGUUCCUCUGGAUAACAUCCGAACACUUGAACCUCCACGUUUCUGCUCCACUUGCAGCGAUCCUGGUCGUCCAGCGUUCAGCUCAAGAGAAGAUGACCUGAUGGAGUUCAUUCCUGGUAUGGAGGUGAUAUACACUUGUGAAUACACGUACAAGAUGACUGGAUCCCAAACAAGAUUGUGUCAGCAGGAUGGGACGUGGACAGGGACAACACCUAAGUGCACCAUCUCCUCGUGUGAUGAUCUUGACGCUUUCCCACCAAGGAAUGGAAAACGAGCAGGGAAUAACUUUACAAUUGGAAGCACUUUGGAAUUCUCCUGUGAUGAUGGCUAUGCUUUGGUUGGUCAGCGACAACUAACUUGCACCAUGAAUGGUAGCUGGUCUCAUCUUCCACCGGUUUGUAAAAAUGUGUGCGAUGACUUCAAAUGCAACACGGUUGGUGAGAAAUGUCAGUACGUAAAAGAUGUUGGCCCACGUUGCGUCUGUCGUGAGAACGAAGACUGCCGAGCGCUUUACGAACCGGUCUGUGGAUCGGAUGGUAAUUCGUACAACAGUCAUUGUAUCAUGUCUGCAACAGCCUGUCGAACUGGGAAGACGAUAACAAUGGUUGAUGAGGGAGGAUGCGUUCCAGGAGGAUUAUGCCAGAUAGUUCCUUACAGUGUAUGUCGCGGUUACUUUCCCCGUUACUUCUUCAACUCCACAAGCCAACAGUGUCAGUACUUCAUCGCUGGUGGAUGUCAUCCAAGUGGCUGGAAUGGAUUCCAAACAAAACAACUUUGCAACCAUACUUGCCUUGGGGAUAUCUGUAAACAGCCAGUCAAUCGUGGGCCAUGUACACAAAAAGUUUCCCGAUGGACCUUUGACUCUGUGACCGGUCGAUGCAAAAGGUUCAACUAUGGUGGUUGUUAUGGUAACGAGAACAAUUUCUUAUCAAAGCAGCUGUGUUUGAGGAGAUGUAGGCCAGGAAAAGUUGCAGCAAGAGGAAGUUGUCCUAAUUGUGUUCGCGUAAGGCUACAUCAAGCUUGUCAAAACAGUAAUUUAGCCAUAUUGGCAAGAGUGAUCUCAGCUCUGCCCAAAGACGAGAAGAAACAUCUCUUGCGUUACCACCUUGUGAUCCAUCAAGUCAUCAAGGACACCUCUAGUAGCGUGACCAAGGGCAAAACCAUCAUCAGUGUCCCGUACGGGUCGACAACAAACUGCUCCUGCCUUCACAUCCCAAUGAACAAGAAGUUCGUCCUGAUUGGUGGGAUCGCUACUGACAAAACCGCUGACUCGAAGAGUGGGGUAAUUGUGAGCCCACAGUCUUAUACCAGCGGCUGGAAUACGAGAGUUUGGAAGCAGAUUGAAAAAAAGUGUGGCAGUCAGUUGAUUGUACCUAGAGAUUUUCUGUAAAGUGCAUAAAAUGUAACUUCUAUUUAGCUUGUGUAAAGGGGAGUAGCAUUUGUUAGAUUAUAAUUAAGGGUGUAAUGUCAUAAAAUAGAGACACAGGGAGCCGAUGCUAAGAUUUGGUAUUAAAAAAAGUAGAAUUGA